AUGGAAGCUAAAGUUGUCACCUUUCUCCAUGUCCUCUUCUCUUGCUUACUCUGCCUUCAUGCAAAGCCUCUGCAAACCUACAUUGUCCAGCUCCACCCACAUCCACAUGGUUUCACACCAACAAGCUCUGCAUUUCCCUCCAAGUUUCACUGGCACCUUUCCUUCCUUGAGCAGUCCGUUUCAGCUGACGACUCUUCCACCCGCCUCCUCUAUUCCUACACCUCCGCCAUGGAAGGCUUCGCUGCUCAGCUCUCUGAUUCCGAGCUGGACCUGCUGAAGAAGCUGCCUGGUGUCGUCGCCGUUAGGCCGGACACCAGGCUUCAGCUCCACACUACUUACUCCUACAAGUUCAUGGGCCUCACCCCUGCCAGAGAAGAUGCUUGGUACCAGUCUGGUUUCGGCCACGGCACCAUCAUUGGGGUUCUAGACACCGGAGUCUGGCCCGAGAGUCCGAGCUUCAACGACAGGGGAAUGCCUCCCGUUCCCGGGAAAUGGAAAGGGAUUUGCCAACAAGGGCAAGACUUUGAUUCCUCAAACUGCAACAGGAAGCUCAUUGGAGCGAGGUUCUUCACUAAAGGUCACACGCCUGCAAACACGAUUCAAGAAUAUGCAUCGCCUAGAGAUUCCCACGGGCAUGGCACGCACACUUCUUCGACCGCUGGAGGUGCUUCGGUUCCCAAGGCUAGCGUGCUCGGGAAUGGUGGCGGUGUUGCUCGAGGGAUGGCUCCUGGGGCUCACAUUGCCGUCUACAAAGUUUGCUGGACAAAUGGCUGCUACAGCUCUGAUAUCCUGGCUGCCAUGGACACAGCUAUCAGAGAUGGAGUUGAUGUCCUGUCCCUCUCCAUUGGAGGAUUCCCGCUACCACUUUUUGCAGACAGCAUAGCAAUCGGUAGCUUUCGAGCAGUGGAGCAUGGGAUUUCAGUUGUAUGUGCAGCUGGAAACAGUGGUCCUCUCCAAUAUUCAGUUGCCAAUGAGGCUCCAUGGAUUGCAACCAUAGGAGCAAGCACACUGGACAGGGAGUUUCCAGCAAUUGUUCAACUCGGGAAUGGUGAAUUCCUCUCUGGGGAAUCCAUGUUCCCGGGAAACGAGUUUCCAAGCACCACAAAGGAGUUUGAACUGGUUUACGCACCAGCAGGUGGCAAAAAGGGAAGUGAAUUCUGUUUUGCAGGUUCUCUCCCCAAGGUAAAGAUCCAGGGGAAGAUGGUGGUCUGCGACCGAGGUGUCAAUGGAAGGGCUGAAAAGGGUCAGGUGGUGAAGCAGUCGGGUGGUGCUGCAAUGAUCCUAGCGAACACAGCCAUCAAUAUGGAGGAGGAUUCUGUUGAUGUCCACGUCUUGCCUGCAACAUUGGUGGGCUUCACAGAAUCACUUCGUCUGAAAGCUUAUAUCAACUCCACAAGAAAUCCAAGAGCUCGCAUUGUGUUUGGUGGAACUGUGAUUGGGAAGUCCAGAGCACCAGCAGUGGCUCAGUUUUCGGCCAGGGGACCAAGCUUCACCAACCCCUCAGUGCUGAAACCAGAUGUAAUAGCACCUGGAGUCAACAUCAUUGCAGCUUGGCCUCAAAACCUGGGGCCUACAGGUCUUCCAGAAGAUUCCAGAAGGGUGAAUUUCACUGUCAUGUCAGGAACAUCCAUGGCGUGUCCCCAUGUCAGUGGAAUUGCAGCACUGAUAAGAUCAGCUCACCCAAAAUGGAGCCCUGCAGCUGUUAAAUCUGCAAUGCUGACCACCGCAGAUGUAACUGACCAUUCUGGGAAUCCCAUAAUGGAUGGCGAUAAACCGGCUGGAGUUUUCGCCAUGGGAGCUGGACAUGUGAACCCCCAGAGAGCCAUCUAUCCAGGGCUGAUAUAUGAUAUCAAGCCAGAAGAUUAUGUUACUCAUCUAUGCACACUUGGGUAUACAAGAUCAGAGAUCUUCACCAUCACACACAGGAACGCAAGUUGCAGCGAGCUGCUGAAGAUGAACAAAGGUUUCAGCCUCAAUUACCCCUCCAUUUCUGUAAUUUUCAGGCAGGGAACAAGGAGGAAGAUGAUGAGGAGGAAACUAACAAACGUAGGCCGACCGAAUUCCAUAUACUCGGUGGAACUGAAGGCUCCGGAGGGAGUGAAGGUCAGAGUAAAACCGACAAAGCUCCACUUCAAGCAAAGAAAUCAGGUUUUGAGCUAUAGGUUGUGGUUCAUAUCUAGGAAGAGAAUGACAAGGGAGAAGCUGAGCUUUGCAGAGGGCCAUUUGACAUGGAUAAACUCUCAAAAUCACCUCACCAGGAUCAGAAGCCCUAUCUCAGUGACAUGGAAGAGGAAAUAA